UCUACGUAUUGUUUCGUGGGCCAACUGGCCACCCUCAUUACAUGUAUAUCACCCUGAUGAAAGUAUACUGUGAAGCAGAUUAUUGUUGAACGAACAGUUCAGAACAGUUGAACGUGUGGACUAACGGAACGUUACACAUAUGUUUACAAUUAAAAUGAAGGCUAGAUUCAUGUAAACGAUUGUUGAAGUAGUCUGUCAGUAACAAUGCUAGUGAGAGUAGGCUACUUGUGACAGUCUGACCAGGCCAUGUCAAUCAAUAAGUCAUUAUAAAGAGGUCCUCACCUGGAGUCCUGGACAGAAGCCUGUUUGCCAUCUGUCCACGUGACUGGUUUCAAUAACCCACCCUGACAACAAACUUCUGAAUAAGAUGUGUGCAAUGGAGGCUGAACUUCUCUAUCUGGUGUAAGAGAUAUUGGUUGAAAGAAGAAGAAAGCAAAGCAAUGUGCCCUAUAUGCUGUGAGAGGCUGGGAUUUUUCCGUUGUAGAGACCAUUGUGUUUGCUUUCUGGUCUGUGCUUCCUUCAUUAGGAUUGAUGGAGAUCCUUACAAUGGCUGGCAGCCAGCAGAGAAGCAUGCUCGAUGAAGCCUCCCAGCACUGCAACAUGAGAACACACUGGCUUUAACUAUUCAGUGUGAAUUGAAACCUCAAGAGAUAUUAUCCAUGAAUCAAACUGUUUUCCAUUCCUCAGACAUCAUGAAUGAAAUGCAGGUGGGUGAUAAUUUGAGGUUACUUUGUGAAACAUGGAGUGGGACUAUGGCCCUUAGGGGCCACUUCCUGAAGUUUCUGUGAUCCUGUGGUUUUUCUGACUCACCACUUAGCGGCCAUCUUUAAUCCGAUGUAACGACAUGGCUGCCUAUUCAUUUUGGUUGAGGGGCGAUUCUGAGGUACGUCCUGCAGCACUAGAGGCCAUCUGACACGCGACAGCUCCUCAAUAGUAAUGAGACACGAGCAGGUACGGUUACAGUUGCUAUGGUGCUUCUCCCUGACUCCACAACUACAACAACGGAACAUAGGGCUGUUAACAACAUUCCGCAGUCCAGACUUUCUCUACCUGAACUCAGACAAUAAAGCAUUUCAGCACCAUGGACAAGGUUACUGUAACUGCGUCUUGUUGUUAAGCACUCUGGACGCAUUUGGACGUAGAUUCCUGACGGACGAACGAAGUUUUUGAAUGUUGCAUGCAUGGAUAUGUUAAAAGGACAUCUCUGUCAAACUAGCUCUCUCGUCUUCAAUUCAGCGUCUCUCCGGGUUCGAGGAUGUUUCGGAAAAUCAACAACGCGUUCCGUCCGAACCAGCACGCGGCCCGGGCCGGGGACCCCCGGGGAGGAAGGUCGGAGCAGGACUACCACAACGCCUGUACCGUCAAGCUAGUCCGCAGCACCUCCAUGCUCGUGGUGGGCCAGAGGACGCAGACCACAGUCGGCUCCACCUUAAAACGGAGUAAGAGUUCCGUGAGCGUGGAGUCCACCACGGCCCUGUACUACUACCAGAGACAGGAGGACCAGAUCUGGCUGUACUCCCAGAAGCAGAACUGUUUGGAGUACUUGGAGGAACUCGUUGCCCUGAGAAGACAGUACACUAGGAGUGUUAACGACCUGAAGAGCACAGAGUUGAAGGCCACAAUCUCUUCUAAGAAGAAACCAGCGCCUCCCCCGCCGUCCUCUAAGAAAACGCAGAUUUCAGAGGCCAAGCCAUCCGCCCCUCCUGUUCCUAAUGAGGAGAACACACUUGAAUUCUUUGACUCUGUCAUCGCCAGCUGUGACUCUGAGCCCGCGCGCAAACCUCACAUAGAUGACGGACAUGCCGACGUUGAUUUCAUCGUGGCCACCAGCACCAUCGAGCACGACCUCCACUCCAACUGGGUCAUGCGCGUACCCCGUGGGGUCAUGGAUGAAGCCCAACCCACGGCCCCGGCAAAAGCAUCUGGGAAGAAGAACAAAGCGAAGAAGGACCAAGGCGGUUCCACCAGCAGCCGGAAACACCUUCAGAGGAACCCCAUCCACCUGCCCAAGGUGGUGGAGAGCGCCUUCCAGACCCUGCGCUUCAAGCCCAGACUGAAGAAGAACAAGGACUGAAUGUGGUUUGGUCAAACAGUGGCUUUGUAGUUUCAGU